UCGUAAUUUGAACGCUUAAAAAGGCACGCCACUCCGUACAAGCGUUGCAUAGCUAAGGAGGAUCAUGUGGAAGUCACUAAGGGUCUUUUUUUCUCGCAUUAGCUGCAUCUGUGCGCUGUGGUGCGUGGGUCAUGCGUACCAACAUGAAGCGCCGAGUGAAAAUGACCACAACGAGUACGGCGUCAAGCUCUGGGCGCUUCUGGUGGCUGGUUCCAACGGCUACUACAACUACAGGCACCAGGCUGACGUGUGCCACGCUUAUCACCUGCUGCGACGCCACGGCAUCCCAGACAAUCGCAUCGUGGUCAUGAUGUACGACGACAUAGCGUACUCCGAAGAGAACCCGACGCCUGGUGUCGUCGUGAAUCACAUCAAUGGCUCCAACCUCUAUCCAGGAAUGGCAAAGGACUAUACAGGCAACUUGGUCACCCCGGAAAACUUUCUCGACGUUCUACAGGGCCGGAGACCGCGCGACGGAGGCACGGGAAAGGUGAUCGCUAGCGGACCACGAGACCAUAUAUUCGUGUACUUCGCCGAUCACGGCGCUCCGGGCUUGAUCGCAUUCCCAAACGACGUACUAUACGCCAAGAACUUGAGUGAAGUAAUCAGGAAAAUGCACAGCAGGAGUCAGUUUGGCAAGAUGGUGAUAUAUGUAGAAGCCUGUGAAUCGGGUUCCAUGUUUGCCGACGGUUUGCUUCCGAGCAACGUUAGCGUAUAUGCCACGACAGCGGCCAAUCCUGACGAGUCUUCCUACGCCUGCUAUUGGGACCCGAUUCGUCAGACUUACUUGGGCGAUGUCUACAGCGUGAAAUGGAUGGAGGACUCAGACAUAGAAAACUUGAGGAAGGAGACCUUAAUAGAUCAGUUCAAUAUUGUAAGGUGGGAGACGAACACGAGCCAUGUGCAGGAGUACGGAGAUCUCCGCAUUGGCACUAUGGCAGUGAGUCAGUUUCAAGGAAGCAAAGUGGCAGAGGCUGUCGUCUACCCAACGGUACCCUUGGACGCAGUCGACAGUCGCGACGUACCAGUGGCUAUUCUUCAAAAGAAGAUUGAAGCAGCUACUGAUCCACAUUUAAAGAACGCCCUUGAGAGCAAGUUGGAGAUUAUUCUGGCUAACAGGUCCCUCGUUAGAAAAAAGGUCAGCGAGAUAGUCCAGCUACUUACCUACGGAAACAGCAGAAGAAGCAGGCAUGUUGCUUACUGCAAAGAAACGCUUAUCAGACUUUGACUGCUACAGGAAAGUGGUUGACAGUUUCAGCAGAAAGUGUUUCGAGCUUGCAGCCAGUCCAUAUGCAUUGAGCCAACUGCACAUUUUUGCGACUGCAUGCGACACAUUCGAAGCCAGUGAGAUUAAGGCAGCUAUCAGUGCUCUGUGCACGUUGCCUGCAGUAAAAGG